GUUCUUCAGAACAUUUUCCAGGAAAAAAAAUAAAUCAAGAAAGGCCAGUCGCCUUUUGAAAAACACUUUUGGAAGUUUUCAACUUUAAAAUUCUGAAAUGGGGUUUAAUUCCCAAAGUAGUUAGUGAUGUGCUACUUGGAUGACAACUUGUGUUUCAGCUUCCUGCUCAGAGUACUUUUGAUCUUUUAUUUGUAAACAUACUUAAUUAGAAUCAAGCCCAGAGUUAAUAGAACUAUUCCCCACAUAGGAUUGCACCAUAAAUAUUGCAUUGUUGUGGUAUCUAUGCUCUUGAAGGCCUUCCUACUUGCUCUUAAUAUUUUGAACAAAGAUGAAUGUUGGGUGAGACUGCCUCAGAGUCUCAACUUUUGCUGAAUUCCUUGUGUGUUGCUUGCUUAGUUCCUUAUAAACAAAAUUAUUAGUCAAGUUAUCUGUUGUUAACUGAUUUUGCGCAAGAAAUAAUUGCCACAGAAAUAACUCAAUUACAUAAUAAAAGUAUUUCUCAGUCAAGUAACCACAACAUUUCAUUUAAUCUUGUCCUACCACACAGCAAUACUUCUUCUUAAUUUAUGUGCUUUUGGAUGAAACUGGAGGAAGUCAAUCUUUCUGUUGUACGGUAUAUCCUCUUUUGAUGUGUAAGCGUGAAGCAUUGUUCCUUGAGAAAUUGCUGCUGCCUUAGGAUAACAAACUUGCAAAUAUAUCAAGAUUGCCACAAACUCUCCAUCCAAGCAGAUGUUCCCACUACUAUUUAAUGAAUCAUUUUUCCACGUCCUUGCAUAAUAAGGGAUAAUCUGAUAUAUUUUCUCUCUCCGUCCAAAUUCAGAAGGCUGCCUCUCUCUCUUUCAGCCUUCAAUUUCAAUGCAGUCUUAAUUUCUGGGAGACUUCCCUUAUCUACCAGGGGUCUCCAGAGGUGGCAACUUUGAAGAGGACUUCAACUCCCAGCAAGGCUGGCUGGGGAAUUCUGGGAGUACCCAAGUCUUAAGUUGCCACAUUUGGAGACCUCUGCUCUAUAUUGAACCAGCGUUUUUGAAUACGAGCACUGUAAGUCACGCUCAAGCACUCUGUCCCAGAACGAAAAUUGGCACCAGUGCUAAAACAAAUGGGGUGUAGAAAACCCACACUGGUGCCAGCUUCCUUCAGCAUUUGUUUUUCAUUUGUCAUUCCUGUUGUCAUCACCGUGAGGGCAGGAGACUUUUGUGUUUCUGUUUUCAAUUGGCAGUUCGGUUUGGUAACUUGCAAAUCAGCUGGCAACGGUGUUGUUGCAAGCCUUAAUUCCUUUUUUUCCGAGAGACGCGUCCGUCCGUUCGUCCUUUGGGUUUUUGCAAGCUUCCUGCCACUACAUCGCAGCUGUGUUUCUCCGCUAUUUGGCUGUGGACUGGUUUAAGUGCGUGUUGGGCUCCCCCAGUUCCAGCACCAUGGACGCCCGGCCGCUGUUCCAAACCUUGCUGAUGUUGGCCGAGGAUAACGUGGCUUUCUUCCAGAACGUCCCCACCGAGACAGGUCAACGCUUCCUGGCCACCUUCACCACCAUCCAAGAACAUGCCCGGAGCCUUGAGCCGAUGCUGGACCACUUCUCCGCCGUCUACCACGUCUUUGACCUGGACGAGCACACGCCGGCCAACGGCUACCGCAGCCUGGCCCAGACGGUGCGCUGCUGCGUGGCUCACAUCAUCCACAAAAGCCGCUACGUGGCCGCCAACCGCCGCAGCAUCUUCUUCCGGACCAACCACAAUUGCGCCGAACUGGAAGCGUACUGUGUGGCCUUGACCCAGCUCCGGGCCUUGGUCUACCUAGCCCAGCAUCUGCUGACUCAGAACCGGCCCGGGUACCUCUUCAACCAUGAGGAUCGGGGCCUUUCGAGACAGUUUCUCCAGGAAUACAUGACGAUGCAGAAGGGCUGUUUUUACGGGCGCUGCAUGGGCUUCCAGUUUGCUCCUUCGAUCCGGCCUUUUCUGCAGACCAUCGCCAUCAGCCUGGUCUCCUUUGGGGAGAAUUACAAACGGAACAUCUCCGGCAUCGGCGUGGCGGCUGGCUCUCUCUUCAUGAGUGGGAAGUUUGCCAUUGACCCUGAACUGCGAGGAUCGGAGUUUGAGCGCAUCACUCAGAACUUGGAUGUCCAUUUCUGGAAGAGGUUUUGGAACCUCACUGAGACGGAAUUGCUGGCGUCGCUAGCCAGCAUGGCUUCCUCUCAGGUCCGGCUGUCCCGAGCCUUGCUGGUCCCACCCCAUUCCUUUGACCUGCCUCUGGUUUCUAACCCCCAACUGAGCGUCACCAUCACACCUCCGGUGGCCCACACCGGGCCAGGAGCCGUCCAGAUGAGGCUCAUUUCCCACGAGCUGCGUGAAGGACAGGACAGCGAGGAAUUGCUCAAAUUGAUGCGGCCGGAAGGAACUCUGGCCCUGGAGCUGCCCUGGAAGACCAAGACCUUGCCUCGCUCCCCCUACCUCCUGGUGCACUUUCACGGAGGCGGUUUCGUAGCGCAGACGUCCAAGUCUCACGAGCCUUACCUGAAAUCGUGGGCUCAGGAACUGGGGGCCCCUAUUCUUUCUAUCGACUACUCACUGUCCCCGGAGGCUCCCUUCCCACGAGCGUUGGAGGAAUGCUUCUUUGCCUACUGCUGGGCCCUUAAGAACUGCCAUCUCUUGGGCUCCACAGCGCAAACGGUCUGCCUUGCAGGGGACAGCGCUGGCGGCAACCUCUGCAUUACCGUCUCCAUGCGUGCCGCCGCCUUUGGGAUCAAGAUGCCGGAUGGGAUCAUGGCGGCCUACCCCGUCACCCUCUUGGAGAUUGCCGCCUCGCCUUCACGGCUUCUCGCCCUGCUGGAUCCGCUCCUGCCUCUCAGCGUCUUGUGCAAAUGCCUCAGUGCCUACGCAGGAAUGGAGUCAGAGCAGCCUGAUGACUCGGCCUUGGAGAAGUUGGACCCCAUGAACAUGAUGCGCCGGAACACGGCCCUCCUGUUCCGAGACUUACGCCUGGGUGCGUCCGCCUUGGUUGGCUCUUUGAUGGACAAGACAGGCAAGCGCAACAGGGCGGGUGCCGUAAAUGAAGCCUUGAGGAAAAGUGCAUCGGAGACGAGCCUGAAAUUGAAGCCAUUUGCCAGCCACAAAGAUUCCCGGAAGAAGAGCCAGACGUGUCAAAAUUUCUUAGGGUCCUCCGAUGUCCAGCGAGACACAAGCUCUACCACUCCGGACUCUGAAGAUCAGCCCACCUUUUUCCUCUCUGACCAGGACCAAGAGGCCUUCUCCUCCAGCAGUGCCCAGGGCUUGGUUUUUCCCGACGGCUUCCAGCCGCUACGCACCAGCCAGCCUGCCGCCAGCCUGCCUUUAGAGCUGUCGCCCAUCGUCAAGAACCCGUUCAUGUCGCCCCUUUUGGCCCCGGAUGAAAUGUUGAAGGGACUCCCUCCGAUCCACAUCGUGGCCUGUGCUCUGGAUCCCAUGUUGGACGACUCCGUGAUGUUUGCCCAGAGGUUGAGGGCCCUCGGUCAGCCAGUCACUCUGCGCGUGGUGCAGGAUCUCCCCCACGGCUUUCUCAGCCUGUCCCAGUUGUGCCGCGAGACCCGCCAGGCCUCAGCUGUCUGCACAGAGAUCAUCCGGAACAUUCUGGUUCCUUCCGAUGCCGCCCCCCCACAGCCCCCGGCCACCCUCCACAAACAUCGCAAACUGGAGCGAACGUCUCAAGUCGUGGCUAAUAAUGCCGACCACCCUCCCAUCCAGGAGAACGGGGUCCCCCCUCAACAGAAAGCCUCGCAUAAUCCAGCGGCAGAGUGCAGGACCACUAGGCCCAAGGAGCAGAUGCAGACCACCAGCAAAACUCCAGACCCCCCAAAUGGGGGACAUUCCUUGGACCAGCCAAGCAAAGCCAAAAACAUCAGCACCCCUUCCACAGCCGAUCCCAUCUUAAAUGCUGCUAUCAUUCCCGGCCAGGAUUCUGGUCCUUCAAAUAGCACCUCGGGCAGAGGGGUGGGGGCCUGAGCCCCACCCCCACCCCCAUCUAUUCCCCCGACCUUGUGGCUUGAAAUGGUGUGUCAUUUGCAGUGGUGCUUUUUUUUGCUUCACACUCUGGAUGGAUGCCUCCGAACCUCGUGAGGAAGGGCUCUCGCUGCCGUCUCCGUUGCUAACCGAACGUUGGGGGGGGGCGACCGUUUGUCCCAGAAGUCUCCGUUCUUUUCAUCUCCUGGAAUGAUGCUUUUAUAUACCUGUUUGGAUUUUUUAAAAA